AAGGUUCAUUUUGAAAAACACCAUUAGCACAAUAAAGUAACUCAAAGUAAUUAGCGCUUAGAGUGGGUCAUGUUCCCGCUUCACUGACCAGAGUUAGUCAUCAACAUUAAUCAUAUUUUAAUAAUACGCUCCACCCAACCUCUCCUGUACACCACUGGGCUGUGUGCAAACAAGCAGGGUCACUGGUGGAGUCCUUCUUGACUUCACAUCUACAGAUAUCAUAUUCAAACACACAGCCGCAGCACUGAGGAGAGGCCGUUUGAGCUUUUCAACCCAGAAAGUAUUCUUUACCAGCAGCAGAGAACAGACAGCACCAUGGCAGCCACCCUCUGUCAAGUGCUGGGCUUCAUUCUGAGUUUGAUAGGUCUGGCGGGAAUAAUUGCAGCAACGGGGAUGGACCAGUGGGCAACGCAAGACCGACUCGACGACAUUGUGACUUCUGUGUUCUAUUCCUCGGGCCUGUGGAGAUCGUGUGUGCAGCAGAGCUCCGGCUUCGCAGAGUGCCGACCAUAUUUCACCAUACUGGGGCUGCCAGCUCUGCUUCAGGCCGUUCGCGCCCUGAUGAUUGUCGGUAUUGUUCUCGGAGCCAUCGGCUGCCUGAUCGCCAUUUUUUCCCUGAAGUGCUUGAAAAUGGGGAACAUGGAGGACAACAUGAAAGCGACAAUGUCUCUGACAUCUGGAAUUAUGUUUCUUCUUGCAGGUGUCUGCGGCAUCGCCGGGGUGUCGGCCUUCGCUAACUUGAUUGUGCAGAGUUUUCGCUUCACAACAUUCACCGAGGGUGGGUUCAAUAUGUUUGGAGGAGGGGGUGUUGGCGGACUUUCAGGAAAUCUCGCUCCAAGGUACACUUUUGGCCCCGCUCUUUUCGUGGGCUGGAUCGGCGCAGCUAUCCUGGUCAUUGGAGGCAUCCUGAUGUGUCUGGCCUGCCGUGGGAUGACUCCAGAUAAUAGGCAACGGUACGACGGGAUGGCCUACAAAGCCCCCUCUCACCACACUAUCUACAAGUCUGACAGACCCCGUCCAGCCUACAACGACUCCUACAAGGCCCAGAGUAUGGACGGACCUCAGUCCAACCAGAGAUUCGACUAUGUGUAGAAUCAUUCACUCUUGUAGAUACCUCUCUUUUAUAUUUUGCCACUCUGUGAUGAUUCAGCAUUUUUCUCUUGUUUUAUCGUAUUAAUGGGAAGAGUGGUUGUUUAUUUUUUUUAUUUCUCUCUAAUUUGCCUAAACUGCUAAACAUCUAGGGUUGCAACGGUAUGAGACUUUCAUGGUACUGUCUCAGGAAAUAUUAAAGUAUAACAGUAUUACAGAAUUAUUAUUAUCAGUUACAGUGAUCCUUAAAGGAAUGAAAACACAAAGGUACUUUUUAGUUAAACAAAUGUUUUAUUAUUGUAACUGAAACUUCAAACCAUUUUUUAAAAUGAAAGUAUGUUUAAAAACUCUCCCUUCUGAACAUAACUUAAAUUAAGGUUAUAUUCUCUGCAUUUUUCCCAAUACUGUCAUUAAGUAAUUAUACAUGGUACGAUAUGUGAGAAUUUACAUACCACAGUUAACCUUGAAACCAAUAUACCACCGCAACCCUUUAAACUUCUAUGGUGUUUUUUAAUGUUUGUUUGUUUUUUAAAAUAACAUUACUAAUUAUCAAAUGCUGUUUUGUGAUUUGUAUUGUUAUUUUUGUGUCAAAUAAAAAAAAUGUGAUUCUUA